CCCGCGCGCCCCCGCAGCCUUCCGGUCUCCUCCUCCUCCGCCGCCGCCCCGGGAGCGCGGCUGCGUGGCGUCCCCGAUCCCGACACUUCCGUCGGACCGGAGCGGAGCGAAGCGCGCGGAGAGGUGACCCAACCAACCAGAAAUCAAAAUGACUGACUCCAAGUAUUUCACCACCACCAAAAAAGGGGAAAUAUUUGAACUGAAGGCGGAACUGAACAGUGACAAGAAAGAGAAAAAGAAGGAGGCUGUCAAAAAAGUGAUUGCGUCCAUGACAGUGGGCAAAGAUGUCAGCGCUCUUUUCCCAGACGUGGUGAACUGCAUGCAGACAGACAACCUGGAGCUGAAGAAGCUGGUUUACUUGUAUCUGAUGAACUACGCCAAGAGUCAGCCAGACAUGGCCAUCAUGGCCGUCAACACGUUUGUCAAGGACUGCGAAGAUCCAAACCCCCUCAUCCGAGCCCUGGCCGUGCGCACGAUGGGUUGCAUCCGAGUUGACAAGAUAACCGAGUAUCUUUGCGAGCCGUUACGGAAAUGCCUGAAGGAUGAGGACCCUUACGUGCGCAAGACGGCGGCGGUCUGCGUCGCGAAGCUUCACGACAUCAAUGCACAGCUGGUGGAGGACCAGGGGUUCCUGGAUACCUUGAAAGAUCUCAUUUCAGACUCCAACCCGAUGGUGGUUGCAAAUGCAGUUGCGGCCCUCUCGGAGAUUGCAGAGUCGCACCCCAGCAGCAACCUGCUCGACUUGAACCCACAGUCCAUCAACAAGCUGCUGACGGCUCUGAAUGAAUGCACAGAAUGGGGGCAGAUCUUCAUCUUAGACUGCCUGGCCAACUACAUGCCCAAGGACGACCGUGAGGCUCAGAGCAUCUGUGAGCGGGUGACCCCCCGGCUGUCCCACGCCAACUCUGCCGUGGUCCUUUCGGCCGUGAAGGUGCUGAUGAAGUUCACCGAGAUGCUCUCAAAAGAUCUGGAUUAUUACGGGACUUUGCUGAAGAAACUGGCGCCCCCUCUGGUCACGCUGCUCUCAGCCGAACCGGAGCUGCAGUACGUGGCUCUCCGGAACAUCAACCUGAUUGUGCAAAAAAGGCCUGAGAUCCUCAAGCACGAGAUGAAAGUCUUCUUUGUGAAGUACAACGACCCCAUCUAUGUCAAGCUGGAGAAGCUGGACAUUAUGAUCCGCCUGGCUUCCCAGGCGAACAUCGCACAGGUGCUUGCAGAGUUAAAGGAAUACGCAACAGAAGUAGAUGUGGAUUUUGUGCGGAAAGCUGUCCGGGCCAUCGGCCGAUGCGCCAUUAAGGUGGAGCAAUCAGCGGAGCGCUGUGUCAGCACGUUGCUGGAUCUCAUCCAGACCAAGGUCAACUAUGUGGUGCAGGAAGCUAUUGUGGUCAUCAAGGACAUUUUUCGCAAGUACCCAAACAAGUAUGAAAGUGUCAUCGCCACCUUGUGCGAGAACCUGGACUCCCUCGACGAACCAGAAGCCCGGGCCGCCAUGAUCUGGAUCGUGGGAGAAUACGCCGAGCGCAUUGACAAUGCGGAUGAGCUGCUGGAGAGUUUUCUGGAGGGCUUCCAUGAUGAAAGCACCCAGGUUCAGCUACAGUUGCUGACGGCCAUCGUGAAGCUCUUUCUGAAAAAGCCCACCGAGACGCAGGAGCUGGUGCAGCAAGUGCUGAGUUUGGCCACGCAGGAUUCGGAUAACCCCGACCUGAGGGACCGGGGCUACAUCUACUGGCGCCUGCUCUCCACGGAUCCUGUGGCAGCCAAGGAAGUGGUCCUGGCCGAGAAGCCUCUCAUUUCAGAGGAGACGGACCUGAUCGAGCCCACGCUGCUGGACGAGUUGAUCUGCUACAUUGGCACGCUGGCCUCGGUCUAUCACAAGCCCCCAAGUGCGUUCGUGGAGGGGAGCAGAGGCGUUGUCCACAAAAGCCUCCCUCCCCGGACGGGCUCAAGCGAAAGUGCAGAGAGUCCAGAUGUUGCCCCAGCUGGGGUGCCACCAUCGGAGCAGCCGGCGGUCAUCCCAACACAGGGUGAUCUGCUGGGAGAUCUGCUGAACCUUGAUCUUGGGCCCCCAGUCAGCAGCCCUCCAAUUGCUACAUCAUCAGUGCAGAUGGGAGCUGUGGAUCUUCUUGGCGGUGGCUUGGAUAGUCUGAUGGGGGAAGAAUCCGAAGGGAUGGGAGCACCCAGUUUUGCCGCACCCAGUGUGGUCAUCCCCUCAAACCUGGGGGGACCCCUCGGAGGGGGGCUGGGGGACCUCUUUGACCUGGCCGGAGGCGUGAGCAACCUGGCGGCCUCCCACGUCGCUCCCAAAACGGUGUGGCUCCCCGCAGUGAAAGCCAAGGGCUUGGAGAUUUCAGGAACAUUUAGUCGCCGGGGAGGUUCCCUUUCCAUGGACCUCAUGUUGUCCAACAAAGCCUUGCAGGUCAUGUCGGACUUCGCCAUCCAGUUCAACCGGAACAGCUUCGGUUUGGCCCCUGCUGCGCCCCUGCAAGUCCACACUCCUCUGGCCCCAAACCAGAAUGUGGAGAUCUCUCUUCCCCUCAACACUGUUGGCUCGGUCAUGAAGAUGGAUCCCCUGAAUAAUCUCCAGGUGGCAGUGAAAAAUAACAUCGAUGUGUUCUACUUCAGCACUCUCUAUCCUCUGUACAUUCUCUUCGUGGAAGAUGGGAAAAUGGAACGGCAGAUGUUCCUGGCCACGUGGAAGGACAUUCCCAACGAGAAUGAAGCGCAGUUCCAGAUUAAAGACUGUCCGCUCAGCGCAGAUGCCGCAAGCAGCAAGCUGCAAGGUAAUAACAUUUUCACCAUUGCGAAGAGGAACGUGGAAGGCCAGGACAUGCUGUACCAGUCGCUCAAGCUCACCAACGGCAUCUGGGUCCUGGCUGAGCUGAGGAUCCAGCCCGGGAGUCUUAACUUCAUGCUGUCCCUGAAGUGUCGUGCCCCCGAGGUCGCCCAGCACAUUUUCCAAGCGUAUGAAACCAUCCUGAAAAACUGAAGCCGCCCGUUUCUCCCUCCCAAGAGCGGUGGAGACGGAUGGGGACCAAGCCGUGACAAAAAAAAAAAAUGUGUUUUUUUCCUCUUCGGAAGAUCAUUUUUGGCAGGGAUCGAGUGGCUGGCAAUCUGGGCAGGCUUUGUGAGUGGCUGGAACUGCGUCCUCUGCGAAAGUUGUAGAACGAGGCAGUGGUGGGAUGAAGGAGAUCUGGCUCCAUAUCUGUGUGUGUGUGUGUGUGUGUGUGUGUGUGUGUAAAGGCCUGCCGUGUUUCUCUGCUCAGGGCAUCUGUGUCCUUGAGAGCUCUUUGUGAAUUGAAAUCACAGGCUGCAUGGGUGCUGCGCUGCAGCCGCACCAGGAAAUAUUCCCUGCAUCUUUCGUCCUGGCAAUCUUGCUAUUCUCACCCGAAUAAAGAAAUCAGUGGCCCA